AUGAUGGAUAUCAAAAACGAAAAAGACCUUGAAGGUCUUGAUCCAUCUCAGAGCCGUGAAAUCCAGAAUAGUCAUAUCAACAACCACGAUGAUGUGUUUGGAGAGAUCACCGAAUCCGGACCCAACUACCGAAAUGUAGGAUGGGCAGGAACGGUGAUCCUCAUGAUGAAGAGCCAGAUCGGCCUCGGUGUCCUCUCCAUCCCAAGCACCUUUGAUACAUUAGGCCUCGUCCCAGGCGUUAUCUGCCUGAUCGUCGUUGCUGUUAUUACAACGUGGUCCGACUACAUGGUCGGCGUGUUUAAGCUCAACCAUCGCUCAGUCUACGGUAUCGACGAUGCAGGUUACUUGAUGUUCGGUGUGAUCGGUCGUGAGGUUUUCGGCUUUGUGUUCUGCCUAUACUGGAUUUUCGUCGCCGGUUCAGGAAUGCUCGGUCUGUCAAUCGCUCUCAACUCCGUCUCGAGUCAUGCCACAUGCACGGCUGUCUAUGUUGCUGUUGCAGCCGUCGCAGGAAUUAUCUUCGCCAGUAUCCGAACUCUCGGAAAAAUCAGUUGGUUAGCGUGGAUUGGACUGACUUGCAUAUUGGCCGCAAUCUUCAUCGUCACCAUCGCUGUCGGCGUUCAGGACCGCCCGGCCUCAGCCCCACAAGAGGGGAUCUGGGUAUCUGACUACAAGAUCGUUGCCAGUCCCAAAUUCAGUGAAGCCAUCAGUGCCGUGAGCUCGAUUAUCUUCGCCUACGCUGGCACACCGGCAUUCUUCUCUAUUGUAUCGGAAAUGCGCGACCCCAAAUACUAUACUCGCUCGUUGAUCAUCUGCCAAAGCAGCGUGACGGCUGUCUACGUUACCAUCGGCGUUGUAGUCUACUACUACUGCGGCUCUUAUGUUGCCUCGCCUGCUCUUGGCUCCGCCGGCGAUACGAUGAAGAAGGUCAGCUAUGGCUUUGCCAUUCCAGGUCUUCUGGUUACUGUGAUGCUGUUCGUUCAUUUGCCCGCGAAAUUCGUCUUCGUCCGCGCCCUCAGAGGCUCCAAACACCUCACCUCAAACAGCAUGGUGCACUGGGGCUCGUGGAUCGGCUGCACCGCAGCAGUCGGUCUUAUUUCCUACGUCAUCGCAAGUGCCAUUCCCGUCUUUGACAGUCUCGUCUCGCUUAUCGGUGCUUUGCUCGGCACAUUCAUGUGUUUCCAACCCAUGGGCUGCAUGUGGCUGUACGAUAAUUGGGGUAAGGGGAAGGUCGACCGAUCCCCGAGGUGGAUGUUCAUGGUUUCCUGGAGUGUCUUUGUUAUCGUCAUCGGCAGUUUCAUGAUGGUCGCUGGUACAUAUGGGUCUGUCGUCAGCAUCAUGGACAGCUACAAGGCGAACGGUGGUUCAGCUGCGUGGUCCUGUGCGGAUAACUCAAAUUCUUCAUAG